AUGCCAGAACGACGACGGGCGUCGCGACCGGUAUGGCGCAAAUUCAGAAAAUGGACUCCUACUCUUGACCGUCUCGCUGCGAAACUCAAUUUGAGCCCGCAGCUGAGAGACAUCAGGCUCGCAAACGUGCUCUCUGGAAACACUUGCACGCCGAUCGGAUUGCCCGAUUUCGAGGCCUAUCUUGCUUUUGUGGAAUACUCGCUCGAGAAUCUCCACUUUGUAGUCUGGUACCAGGACUAUCGCCGCCGCUUCUUCUCCCUUCCCGAGUCGGAGCAACAAUACUCUCCUGGGUCGGCCAGCACCGAAUUCCCCUUCUCCACGCCUUCGCAUGCUCGCACCGAGCACUCGAUCAAGGCCGCCGAGCGGCGGGCCACCGCUCCAUCCAGCACCACGAGCAACGACAAGGUCUCCUUCAGCUCGUAUUCAUCAUGCGAAGCCCUCAAGUGCACGCUGAGCAGGGUCGAGACGCAUCCCGCGCUCGCGAUGCCUGAACGCUCCGCGUCCGCCGCUUCGCAGUCUAUCCCGCUCUCGGCCGUGCUCUCCAAGAGCAGCCAGUGCCGAGCCGAGAGCUUGUGCGUGAACACGGAGAUGCAGCCGCUGCGUGGGGAGACAAGCAAAGCGGUGGCGACGUUCCUCCGGCCGGGGUCUAGCAAGGAGCUCACGCUCGACUCGCGCAUGCGCGACGCUGUCAUUGCGGAUCUAACGUGGAAUACACAUCCGGAUGUACUCCUCCCGAUAUACGAAGAAAUCUACAGCUCGCUGGAGACCGUGUCUCUCCCCCGCUUCCUCGCCUAUGCAUCGACUAACAUCAACCUCCCGCGGCAGAUAUUCUGGUACGUUGUAGGGCUUACCGACUUCCUCGCAGGCCUGGCCCUCGCCAUCAUUCUCAUCACCACGAUCCCGGUGCCUCCGCAGGCUAACCGUGCGUGGCGCCUCUUCGCGGUGCCAUUGACGGCACUGGGCGCCAUGCAGAUGUACUCCGCUUGGAGAGGGUUCUGCAGUAAUAUUUGGCGUCGGGGGAAUAUGCAAGUGCGCCCGUGGGAGCUAGAGGGCGGCGGCGGGGACGGAGACGAAGAGCGGGCGUGGUUCUGGGAACGCAUGCUGGAGGAGUACAGGCGGGACGAUGCUCCGACAGGGCACAGAGAGAAAGAGAAAUCUGACACUGCUGUCAUCGCGCCAUUCAGCCUGGAACCCCCGUCUGCACCAGAGAAACGCCACACGACAGAAGAAGAAGAUGAGGGCCAGGAGGAAGCGAGGAGAGAUGUGCCUGUGUUCGGCCCCGAGCGUGUAGUGCUCGAUCCGCGCAUAUCGGCGGUGCACGCCAGGGUGAUGCGAGAUAUCUAUGCAUGUGGAUUUUGGUUCAGUCUGGUGUAUUGUGCGAUCAUACUUAGUGUGCCGAGCCCGGCACACGACUGACGGGACGAGGGGUUCUUGAAUUGAUUAGACUAGAUUGGAUGGAUGGAUGCUUGAUUUCUUGAACAAUAUCUUAC